AACCCAGGACACUGACCACCAGACACCCCCCCCCCCACGUUGUACCCAGGACACUGACCACCAGAUCCUCCGUGUAACCCAAAUACUGACUAUCAGAACCCCCCCUCCCCUGUAGCCCAGGACACUGACCAUCAGAGUCCCCCUUAGAACCCAGCACACUGACCAUGAGACGCCUCUUGCAACCGGACACUGGCCAUCUAGUGUGUUUGUAUUAGAGCAACAUUUGAUGAUACCAAGCUCCGGUUAUGAUGGCUGGAAAUACGGCUGGGACUUGUUGCGUGCUCUUGCUCUGGACUAUCACGUGUAUUGUAGCUGAGCCUCAGGCUUCGGCUGAAUCAUAUCACGUUGGAACUGUUGUAGGAAAAAGUGAACGUUGCCCUUCUAAAAGUGGUAUUCAUAAUGGAAGUUUAUUUAAUCUUCUUGAAGCAGGAAGCGCUGUGGAGUGUCACUGUGUAGUCCAGCUCAAUGGGUCCCAGUGGUGUUCAUUUGUAAAAACUACUGAUGACUGCAAACUUGACAGCGGCUUUAUUAACUACCUUCAGGGGGCCACCUGUAGUUUUCCCCACAAUUUGCUGCCAUUGGCCAUCGUGUUGUAUGUUGUUUGGCUGCUCUAUCUAUUUAUAUUUCUUGGGACAACAGCUGAAGCAUUUUUUUGUCCUAAUCUGGCUUCCAUUGCUGCAAGCUUAAAGUUGUCACAUAAUGUGGCAGGUGUAACUUUCCUUGCUCUUGGCAAUGGAGCUCCAGAUGUAUUCAGUGCAAUAGUUGCCUUUUCUGACCCUAGAACUGCCAAUCUGGCAAUUGGAGCUUUAUUUGGUGCUGGUAUAUUUGUGACUACUGUUGUUGCUGGAGGUGUUGCUCUUACAAGACCAUUUAUAAUGGCAUCAAGGCCGUUCCUUCGAGAUAUGAUAUUCUACAUGGCUGCAGUGUUCUGGACUUUUCUAGUUGUCUAUUUUGGGAGCAUUGACUUGGGGCAAGCACUUGGUUACUUGGCUUUGUAUGUGGUCUAUGUACUUACAGUGAUCAUAAGCAGUAUAAUUUAUAGAAACCAGAAAAACCAGUCUCAUUCUUCCCUUUAUGCUCAUGAAUCAGAAAUCUGUGACGCUGAGGACACCAAUCCAUCUUCUAUCAGGACACCUAUACAUGAAGACUCAAGCGAGUAUCAACCUUUAAUUGGAACAGAAGAAUCCAAAUCUACAAAAUCCAUUUUGUUGGACUCUCUUAAUCCCAUUGACUUUCAAAAAUGGAGGAGGAAUUGCUUGCCCUGGAAUAUCUUCAAAUGUUUAACGCUGCCAAUUGAGUUUUUGCUUCUAAUCUGUAUACCUGUGGUGGAUUCAAGCCAGGAAGACCGUAAUUGGAAACGCCCAUUGAACUGUCUACAAAUUGUUACUGGAUCACUUGCCUGCAUCUUCACAUUAAAAUCUGGCAGUUAUGGUUUAUUACGUAUUAAUGGUCAGUUUCCUGUCUGGGCUCUUGUUCUGCUGAUUUCACUAAUUAUAGCAAUGCUGAUUUUCUUCACCACACAGAAUGAGGAACCACCAAAGUAUCACAGUGUAUUUUCUCUUAUUGGGUUUCUCUUCAGCACCAUACUGAUUAAUGCCAUAGCCACUGAGAUUGUGAAUCUCUUACGUACCUUUGGAAUAAUUUUUAACCUGAGUAACACUGUUCUGGGAUUGACAUUACUAGCCUGGGGAAACAGCAUUGGAGAUUUGUUCUCUGACAUCACACUAGCUCGACAGGGGUAUCCACGUAUGGCUAUUGCCGCAUGCUUUGGCGGAAUAAUAUUUAAUAUGCUGUUUGGCAUUGGCCUAAGCUCCUUAAUUCAGAUGCCUUAUUUGAAUACCCUUGAGAUCAACCAUGAUGGCCUCUUGGAUUGGAUUCUAGUUGGAUCGCUAGGCUUAAGUUUAGUCAUGUCAUUUAUAUUUAUUCCAAUUCAACGGUUUAAACUCAGACAAUUGUAUGGCAUUAUUCUGGUCUCUUAUUACUUAUUAUUUGUCACAAUAGCACUAUUAACUGAAGCUGGUGUCAUACAUGUUUAAAACAUUGCAUUCCUUGUAUGAGUUGAUGUGAACAAACUAUUCUCACCUUUUUGUACAUAAAUGGAUUCUUAGGCUACAGUUCGUCAGAAACCUAAUUUGGAGAUGGUGGAAUUUUUUUUGUACUGAACAUAACAUGCCCAUUUGGCUUCCCAUUUUCACCAUAGAUGUCUUGGUUAUUUAAAGUAAGUUUGCUUUGUUUGUCAUGUCCCAUUCUAGGAAUGGGAAGAGGAAGAUGAGUAUUAAUAAUCAAACCUGUUACCACCCGACUUAUAACAAAGUUACUGAAAGAUGGUGGAAUAUAUGAAACACAUUCCUUGCAAGGAUUAAAAACCCUGUUCCUCCCCCUCUUUCCCCCACCCCUCGUCAAUACCCUCUUGUUUCAUGUGCAGUAUUUCAUUUCUGAACCUGGAAUUCAUAGCAGCCUCCUCUGCUAGGUAGGAUUUCAAAUAGGAUGGGGGUUUCCAUCCUCUUAACUUAAAACUCAACAUACCACUGAUCUAAACUUCCCUUGUUUAGUUAAAUUUUGUACUGUUGUGGAUAAAUGAGCACUUUGCACUAUUCUAGGUGAUUAGAUCUUUCUGACAGUUUCGUAAAUAGGAUCCAAUUUAAUAAGGGAAAUAUUUUUACAGGUGUUUAUAUACAGCAUUAUGGGUCUAUCCUUGUCUUCAACAAAAUCUCUGCAUUCCAUGAUUGUACAACUUUUUAUUUGUGAAAUAAAUUUUAAUUUUUACAGUG